CAGCCCCGAAAAUCACACGGCGAGGCCGCUAUUAUUCGAGAACAUUUAGGAGGGUUUUCACUUCUCAAUGGCGACCGUAAAAUGGCGGACGAUGGGAAACAACAAGCGCAGCCGCCCGAGGCGCCCCCUACUGCUCACUCGUGCAGUUCGCUUCGACGACGAGGAAGAAGAUGGCGGCGCUCAUCAGGCAUGGUUUUAAUUCCUUAAAAAGUUCAUCCACUUUUCUUGCCGUAAACACGACGAGUCUACGAUAUGAUAUAACUCGUUUUAAGAGCAAGAAACGUCCCGAAGUGAAGACUAGCAGAUUUGAAGAUGAAAAGACGUCUCUCUCUUGCAAAGGAUUUUUGAGAUAUCAGAAGAAAUAUAAUCCGCCAGAAGAUGUAUGUGAUAGGAUAAAUAAAAUUUGUGAAACACAACAAAUUUCAACGGUUGAUGAAACAAAAAUCGAAGAUCCAUUACAACGUUUCAAUCUUUUUUUAGCAUGUGAAGAAGAACUUCAACAUCCAAUAACGAAUGCUGUAUUAUGUUACAUUGAAACAAUUGGUGAUUUGAAGAAUUACUAUAAGACCCCAAUCGGUAAUGUAACUCCAUUAGAUGCUAUGCGUUCAAUGGAUUUACCAAAGAAUUUACAUAUUAAUUAUGAAUAUAUUCGAUUUCAUCCUGAUACGGAUACAUUGUUCAAUGGUCAGACAGCAUUCCCGAAGAGUUCUACUCUUGUAACUGGAUUAAAGUAUAAGAAAAAAUAUCCUGGACAUUAUCAAGAUAAUCCUUUCUUAGAUAAUAUGCUUAAGGUUUAGAUUAAUUGGACUAUACAAGAAAUAAAUAAACAAUUGUUUAACAACAAUAAACAAUUA